AUCUUAUAAAUCGGUAUUAAUAUCUUAUCAUUUACGACUUACGAUGCUAACUCCAUUCAAGGUUUAUAGAUAAUAAUAUUAUUAUCUAUAAACCUUGAACUUCAUUUGGUGCGGAAGCAAUUUAUCGGAUCUCGUUUCUCGAUUUAAUAUUCGAAAACUAAAACUAAAACAUAAAAUUUUCGUAAUUUGGUAUAACAGUCGUAUACUCGUUUAGGAUUAUUACAAAGAGUUUUCUUAAAACCCGUUGAAACUUUAGGAAACCCGGAUCGAGUGCUUAGUGCGUUGGACAACGACCAUGAGUGACUCAGACAUAUUUGCAGAAUUUAUCGGCAGAAAGGUGAAUAGAGUGAGAUGGAGGCCAGAUGACCUGAUGGCGUCGACAAUGUUUGUCACCGGCUCGUGGGACAACGAAUAUGACAACGUAAUAGAACUGUGGGGACUGACAUCGACAGACGAAAAUUCUGCCCAAGAUUUCCCUCCAAAACUUUUGGAUUGUGUAAAACAAAACGGAAAUGUUACACAAAUUAGAUUUUUAGAUAACAAAUUUAUAGCUGUUAGUACCGACAAUGGAACAGUUAAAGUAUAUCGUGUCAUUAGUGAGAAUGAAGACUCUAACAUUCAUCUUGAAGAAGUCAUGGCUUGGGACACUCUACAUUCAUUGGGUAAAGAACAGAAGUCUUGCAAGGAUUUUGCUGUAUGUAACUUUUCAUUAGCAACCAUUGGCGAUGAUUAUAAACUUAAUAUCAUAUCAUUGAACAGUAAACAAAUUCAUCUAGUUCUAGAAGGAAUAAGUAGCUCACCUUUAACAUGCAUUUGUUUCUUAACUAAUACUGAAGUUCUCUGCUGCAAUGCACUGAGUCAAAUGAAACUUUGGGAUAUACGAGUUGCUAAAAGUAGUAUAAUGGCAAAUAUCAAUCAUUUUACUCAGACUCAAGUGCCAAUAACAUGUGUUGCUCAACACCCUAGUCAAAAACAUUACAUUUUCACCGGUUCUGAAGAAGGAAAUGUUGGUGUUUGGGACAUGAGAACCAAUAACUUAUUGACAACUAUGAGCAGUGGUGAUGCAUCAUCACUUACCGAAAUAGCAUUUCACCCUUUAGAACCGGACCAUUUAUUUACGAGUUCAUUCGGAGGAAAAUUACUACAAUGGAGUUCUAAAAAAUCAUAUAUGUGCCAUGUUGACCCAGGAGAUCUGGAGUAUUCAAAUUUUUGGGUGAACAUGGACAAGGUAAAAACACGAUUGUCAGUAAACAAUGUAAUACAACCGAUUUAUAUGCCAAUCAACUCAUUGGAUAUCCAAAAGCAACAACUUAUUUGUGGUGCUGACAAUGAAGCUGUUUACUUUCAACGUAACCUUAAACUUUAAAUUUAAUUUUAAUUACUAUCAAUUAAAAAACUUUUUAUAAAAAUUUGUAGGUUGUUUUUAAAAAUUGUUGAUUACUUAAACUGCCUCCUUUAAUUAUUAAACACUUAUAAAAAUAAACCUCUACUAUAAAUAAGUAAAUCAAUAAACAUUUUUAAAUCUAUUGAGAUUGAUGUCUAUGUCUAUAAGAUUGAAAGUUAUGAUUGAAAUCAAAGAAAUUAUAUUUUAUGUACGUAUCUUAAACAAUUUAAUUUACUUUUAUAACCUUGUUAAUUAUCAUCUAAUUUAUACUUAAAUGUAUUAUAAUAAUUA